AUGCCGGCUCGUCCCUGGAUUAUCGUCUUUGCCGCCGCCGCGUUUCUCUACCUUCUGCGGAUUUGGCCGUCCAACGCUCUUGCUCACCCGCUCAACAUGUCGCCGCCUACACCCAUCUCCAUCCUCUCCCUCAGUCAGAACCGGGCAAUCGUGCGAGCAAUUCAGGAGCACAUCAAACCCCAUGGCUACAACAUUGGCGGUAUCCUAGAGUCCGAUCCGUUCUCGAAAAGUGAACUAGCUCUUGCCCUCAGGGUGUUGGAGCCCCGGCCUGCAGCCGUGGUCAUUGGCCGAGCCUACAGCGAAGAGGAGACGGCCGAUGCCCGUGAGGUGUUCUCCGAGUACCUGAAGGAAGUGGGCAUUGAGCAGGGCACCGUCAUCAAGAUCACGUCACAGGUGUUUGAAGAAGUCGGAAAGGAAGGUGUGCCGAAGUGGGUAUUGGAGCAGCUGGAGGAGUUCUUCAACAAGAACUGA